AUGCAUUAUCCAUCUCGCCUACUCUCUCAUUGGAUUCCCACCGAUAUCGUGGUAUCACCAAUCAAUCAACAUAUAUUCAUUGCUGAUAUGACGUUUAAUAGAAUUUUACACUUAUCACCUCAGGCUAUUUAUCUAUCAACACUUAGCUUACCUAUUGAGCAAUCAAAAGCUUACUCCCCAGUGAAGUUAUCUGUAGAUUUAGAUGGUUAUUUAUAUGUUGCAACUGGUGCUUCCGGUUCGUUUGCAAUGAUAUAUACUUAUACAACUACGAACGAUCAACUAAUUCAAAAUAUCUCUUUACCUCUCUUUAUUCCCGCAGCAUUAACUGUUUCGUCUAUCAAUGGUGAUAUCUAUAUAGCAACUACAGAUAGUAAGGAUACAUCUGUAUAUGUCUUAGAUAAAAAUGGUGCACAAAUUAAUAAAUUCAACGCAUCAAACUUCUCACCGCCACUUAGUCAACCUACAUCAUUAACUAUGGACGGGACAGCCCAAAGAUUAUAUGUUGCUGAUAGAAACGAUUCAUCGACUGGCAGAGUAUUUGUAAUUGACGCACAAACCGGCAAACAACUGCAGUCCUAUAUCAUCAGUACUAUCUAUAGACCAUCAGCAGUAGUAGUCGAUGUUAAUCUAAAUGUGUACAUUGCCGAUAUGGCUACUAACUGUAUCGUGGCGUUAACAUUAAAUGGCACAUUGAUACGCACAUAUACCAACAGUCUAUACAGUCCUCAAGGUCUUUCAUUUUUAGCUGAUGGUAGUUUACUUUUGUCUGAUACAUUGAAUCAACGAAUGGUGUUAUUCGAUGUUAUAACAGCAAAAGUAUUGCAAGUUUACUCUAGCAGUGAUCCCCUAUUAAUUGCACCUCGUUUAGUUAUUCUUGAUAAUAGUGGACAAAUUUAUAUUAAUAGUUUGACGGAUGAUUCAGCAUACAAUAUAUUAAAGAAAAUAGACAUUACUAACUCAUCUGCUAACGUUACACAAAUUAUCGAUCCAAAACCUCAUUUUGGCUUUCCUGUUGGCUUAGCUUUGAGCCCAAAAGGUCAAAUGUAUGUUACAGAUGCCGAUGUUCCCUAUGGCUACAUUCAUAUUUUUGAAUCAAAUGGUACCGAAAUAGGUAGAAUUUCUACGACAAAUCCACAACUGAAGAAUCCUCAUGGUAUAGCAGUAGACUUAAAAGGAAAUUUAUAUGUUGCCGAUAGUGGUAAUGCUCGGGUAAUUAAAUUACUGACUGAUGGAACUGUAGUACAAACUUAUAAAACAACUCCACCAUUACAGUAUGCUUAUGAUGUUAAAGUGAGAGAUGAUGGUACUCUUUAUAUAUCUGAUGAUCAGUGUGCAUGUGUUUAUCAGCUAACGAAUGAUGGUAAACAACUAGCAGUCAUACAGUUACAGGCACAAACUAAUCUUGUCAAUCCGUUUAUUACUCUUUUCCCUUCUGCUGCUUCUUCUAACCCUGAUUUAUUAAUUUCCAUUACAUAUCCUUCACCCCAAGUUAAUCGUUAUACACCAAAUGGUACCUUAAUAGCGAGUUAUACUAUACCGGUGUCGGCCUUGACUGAUUGGACUCCUUAUGCUUCUGUCAUUGAUGAAAAGCGCCGUUGGCUGAUUGUGGCUGAAUCAGGUGGGAGAGUUAUGUUCUUUGACUUGUAA